UAGCUUACAUUGCAACUGUAGUUAAAAUUACAACAUAAUAUAUAAAAAUGAAAGUUGUUAUUGUAUUUUUUGCUCUUGUGGCGGGAAUUUCGGCCGCAACUCUCCCAGAAAGUGAGAAGACCCUUCUCAAACAAAUCCACGACUCUUGCCAAGCCAGCCCUUCCACCCACGUCGAUGAAAAUCUCCUGCGCCACAUGACCCAACACUCCCAAAACCCAAAAGUCAAAGCUCACAUGCUUUGUAUGGCUCAAGGCGCUGGAAUGAUGAGCCACAGUGGCGUUCUCAAAAUGUCAGUAAUCAAGAGCAAGAUGGCCAUGACGAUGCACGAUGAACACCUCAUCGACACUACGAUAAACAAGUGCGUCAUCCAGAAAGAGGAUCCUAUGGAGACAUCUAUGGAUAUGUGGAUGUGUUUCAUGCAAAACAACAUUGGUUACAUGCAUGCCCUCUAAAAAUCUGUAAAAUAUGCUCACUUUUCUACAACUUUAUCAUUGUUAUGAUUAAAUUUUGACAGAUAAUA